AUGCAUUCUGACAACAAGUUACCCACUGUUGAAUUUAUCGAUCCGAUAAUUUCCGCCGAGAUACCUAACAAAAUUGAAGAGCCAGAAUUGUAUUCACUUGUCAAUGAGUUCAUGAUUCAUUGUCCACGUGGAGCUGAAAAUAUCAAUUGUCCAUGCAUGGUGGAUAAGAAGUGCUCUAAAAACUUUCCAAAACAAUUCUGUAAUCAUUCGUCUGUUGAUCAAAAUGGUUUUCCGUUAUAUAGGAGAAGAAACGGUGGUCAUUUUGUAGAAAAGUCGGGUGUCAAGUUGGAUAAUAGAAAUGUUGUUCCAUACAACAAAUAUCUAUUAAAAAGAUAUCAGACACAUAUUAAUGUUGAAUGGUGCAAUCAAGGAUCUUCUAUAAAGUAUCCUUCUGUGGUUAGACUACCUUUUCAUCUUCCUAAUCAACAACAGAUUGUAUAUGGCGAAGACGAUGAUAUCGACGAUGUUCUGGACAAACCUUCUGUUGCAGCUUCAAAGUUCACAUCUUGGAUGGAGUGUAAUGCAAUUAAUAGUGAAGCACGAGAUCUUACAUAUGUUAAAUUUCCUACAAAGUUUGUUUGGGUAUUAAAUGGUCGGUUUUGGAAGCGAAGGAAAGUAGGAAAAGCCAUUGGUAGAAUUCAUUCGGUUUCACCUAAUCUUGGCGAAGCUUAUUUUUUAAGGAUUCUUUUAAAUAAAGUUAAAGGUCCGACGUAA